AGGGCCCGCGCGGACGCCGGCCUCAUUUAUUAUUCCUCCCGCCCGGAGCUGCGGCUUCCCGGUGUUGAAGAUCCCCCGGACCAGGGGCGAGGGUUACCCCUUCCCUGCCGUGACACCCCGUUUCCCUCAGGGGCUGGUGUUUCCUGAGCUCCUUACAGGGUCUAGAGUAAUGAAAAGGACAGAUGUAGUUCCUGCCCUCAGGAAGCUUCAGUCUCAGGGAAGCCAGGCAUGAAUCAGAAGCACAGAGUGUAACAUUGACAUCGUGGAGGCCGUGCAGAAGGUGUCCUGCAGACCAUGAACUGAGCUGGUUCCAGACGUUCAUGAGCACAGUGUGAGGGGUGCCGAGACCCGCCACCCAGCAGCCUCUCCCUCCCUAGCACUGAGGACCUCCAGAGAAGAUGGGGAGGAAAAAGAUUCAGAUUCAGCGAAUCACUGAUGAGCGGAACCGGCAGGUGACGUUCACCAAGCGGAAGUUCGGGCUGAUGAAGAAGGCGUACGAGCUGAGCGUCCUGUGCGACUGUGAGAUCGCCCUCAUCAUCUUCAACCACUCCAACAAGCUGUUCCAGUACGCCAGCACCGACAUGGACAAGGUGCUGCUCAAGUACACCGAGUACAACGAGCCGCACGAGAGCCGCACCAACGCCGACAUCAUCGAGACCCUGAGGAAGAAGGGCUUCAACGGCUGCGACAGCCCAGAGCCCGACGGGGAGGACUCGCUGGAACAGAGCCCCCUGCUGGAGGACAAGUACCGGCGCGCCAGCGAGGAGCUGGACGGGCUCUUCCGGCGCUACGGGUCAGCUGUCCCGGCCCCCAACUUUGCCAUGCCUGUCACGGUGCCCGUGUCCAAUCAGAGCUCACUGCAGUUCAGCAACCCCAGCGGCUCCCUGGUCACCCCUUCCCUGGUGACGUCGUCCCUCACAGACCCGCGGCUCUUGUCCCCCCAGCAGCCAGCACUACAGAGGAACAGCGUGUCUCCAGGCCUGCCUCAGCGGCCGGCCAGUGCGGGGGCCAUGCUCGGGGGAGACCUCAGCACUGCUAAUGGAGCCUGCCCCAGCCCCGUGGGGAACGGCUAUGUCAGUGCUCGGGCUUCCCCUGGCCUCCUCCCUGUGGCCAAUGGCAAUAGCCUAAACAAGGUCAUCCCUGCCAAGUCUCCACCGCCGCCCACCCAUAGCGCCCAGCUUGGAGCCCCCAGCCGCAAGCCUGACCUGCGGGUCAUCACUUCCCAGGGAGGAAAGGGGUUAAUGCAUCACUUGACUGAGGACCAUUUAGAUCUGAACAAUGCCCAGCGCCUCGGGGUCUCCCAGUCUACCCACUCGCUCACCACCCCAGUGGUCUCCGUGGCAACACCAAGUUUGCUCAGCCAGGGCCUCCCCUUCUCUUCCAUGCCCACCGCCUACAACACAGAUUACCAGUUGACCAGCGCAGAACUCUCCUCCCUCCCGGCCUUCAGCUCGCCUGGGGGGCUGUCGCUAGGCAACGUCACCGCCUGGCAACAGCCGCAGCAACCCCCGCAGCCCCCGCAGCCGCAGCCCCCGCAGCCCCAGCCGCAGCCCCCGCAGCCCCAGCCGCAGCAGCCCCAGCCGCCGCAGCCACCUCAGCAGCAGCCCCACCUGGUCCCCGUGUCUCUCGGCAACCUCAUCCCGGGCAGCCCCUUGCCCCAUGUGGGUGCUGCCCUCACGGUCACCACCCACCCGCACAUCAGCAUCAAGUCCGAGCCCGUGUCCCCCAGCCGCGAGCGCAGCCCCGCGCCUCCCCCUCCAGCUGUGUUCCCGGCCGCCGCCCGCCCUGAGCCUGGUGACGGUCUCAGCAGCCCAGCAGGGGGAUCCUAUGAGACGGGGGACCGGGACGACGGACGGGGGGACUUCGGGCCCACGCUGGGCCUGCUGCGCCCGGCCCCUGAGCCUGAGGCCGAGGGCUCCGCCGUGAAGAGGAUGCGGCUCGACACCUGGACAUUAAAGUGACGAUUCCCUCUCCCCUCCUCAGCCUCCCCGAUGAAGAGUUGACAAUCUCACCGCCCACCCUGUCCUGGGCUCCUCCCGCUCGACCCCCACUUCCUUUCUGUGCUCCUGUGUCCUGUUGACGGUUACAUUUGUGUAUAAUUAUUAUAUUAUUAUUAUUAUUAUUAUUAUAUUUUUUUUAAUUUGGAUUCUGGCUUUGGAGAGAGGGAUGCUCUCGUCCCUUCUUUCUCUCCCCCGCCAUUUUCACUGGCGGGGGCUCUCUUUUUUUGCGGGAAGGGGGGGACACUUUGCACGUUGUACACAUAUGCUGCAGGAAGGGGGGCCCAGUAGGCCUUUGGGAAAGGACAGGUGCCGAGCCCUGCAUUUGGAGCCCCCCGUGCCAUGCCCCAGACAGAGGGAAAGAACCAAAAAACUACCAUACAGCAAAACCCCACAGCAGGCUGGAGGCCGGGGGCUGCUGGUGUGUGUGGGGGGGCAGCAGGAGAGGCAGGGGCGCUCUGCUGGCUGCCACACGGCUCUGGGCACACGGGGCCCAAGCCUGGCCCCAAAAUAACCGACAUACACGACACCCUUUUGACUCUUGUGUGCUGCACCCCAAGGUCGUGGGUGGCAGCCGAGCUUCUGGGCUGGGAAGACUGCCUGGGAACCUGGGCGGGGACGGGGUAGAGGUGGCCUCUCUGGAAGCACAUUUGAAGAGAGAGACCGAACCAUGAGGAGAGGGGCUGAGGAGGGCCGAAGGGCUGGGCAGAGGGCGAAGGGGGGCCCUUUCCCUCCCCCGGCUUUUUCCUCUAAGAUAAACAGUGCAAUAGCUCCCCAUCCCUCCGUUGACCCAGCCCUGUCCAGCUGGCCUCCGUGUGCAGGGAGACGUGUGGAGAGGACCUUUAGGGAGGUGGCUCCAGGACUGGGCAGAGUGGGGCCCUAGGCUUCCCCGGGGUGCCUGAGGGCAGGUAUGGGGAGGGGACUUCCUCUGCCUUGCACGCUUCCCAAGGAGUGGACACUGGGAUGGCCCAAGGGGUGGGAGGUCCCUACAGAUGGGUUCCAUCUAGAGGGCUCCUCCCGAUCCCUCCUGGGUCCCCCGCCCUCCUCACCCCCUGCUCUUGGCACCCUCAUUGUCUCGCUACCUCCUGUCCCACCACCUCCAGGCCUGUCCCACCGUCCCUCUUGGCUACUGUAAUUGUAAAUAGCAACCUUUGGAAACGUUAGCGGUGUAACAGUCCAGGAAACUGUUUUGUUGUUGUUGUUUUUGUUGUUGUACUGAUAUGAAAUGAGAUUCUAUUUUUGUCAAAGUAUAUUGUAAUAAUAACGACUCAAAGGCCCGUACUGUA